GCUGAGUUUUUAUAUAUUUGGAUAGUGAUGAAUGUAAAUUUUCUAUGAAAGUUUUUUAAAACAGCUGCUAUACAAAUAUCUAAAAAUGAAACUUGCGUUACCUGUUAUAUUGGUUUUAUUCCAAAUAUAUUUUUCUUUAGCUACACCACUCAAUCUAGAACAAAACAGAUAUACUAUUGUGGGAGGUGAAAAUGCCAGUAUUUUAGAUUAUCCAUAUCAAGUAGAAGUUCUUUACUCAAAUUCGCAUUCUUGUGGAGGAUCAAUUUUGAAUAAUAAAUUUAUAUUAAGUGCUGCCCAUUGUUUCGGUUCUGCGCAAGCUAGCGAUAUUACAAUAAGAGCAGGCUCCUCUUACAGUGCAAGCGGUGGACAAAUAUUGCAAGUGAAAACGAUAAAUGCUCAUCCUGAUUACGAUCCAUACACUCAAGAAAAUGAUGUAGCUGUACUUGAGUUGGCAACGGAUCUUACGUAUGGUCCUGGAGUAGCUCCAAUUGAACUUCCUUCCAAUACUACAACCUUUGUAGACGAUCAGGCUGCAAAUGCUACAGGUUGGGGCUAUACUGUACGAUACGGACCGUACGCAGCCGCCCAAUUACAGCAUAUAACUGUCUCAUUACUUACUACCGAGACUUGCAGAUCAAAGUACUACAACAAGUAUUUAUACGAUUCAAUGAUUUGCGCUGGAGAACUUGGAAAAGAUACGUGCACUGGUGAUUCUGGUGGACCUCUUGUGUCUGGCGGACUUCAGUUUGGCAUCGUAUCCUGGGGUGUCUGUGGUGCAGAUGGAUUUCCAGGCGUAUAUGCUAAAGUAACUUAUUAUCUGCCCUUUAUUUAUAAUAUUACUAAUAAUUGUCUUCCAAUUUCAUUCAAGACAAAGAACCCUAUACCGGAUGGGCGUGUUGUUGGGGGACAAAAAGCUUCCAUUGAAGAUUUUCCCUACCAUCUUUCUCUAUUAUUUCGAGGAAACCAUAUCUGUGGAGCUACUCUUAUUGACAAGAAGUGGGCAUUGACAGCAGCCCACUGCGUGCAGGGUUUUGACAAGAAUCUGCUAUCAUUGAGGGCUGGUACCUCAAUCCGAAAUGCGGAUGGUCAAAUAUUGAGAUUAAAAAACGCUGUCAUUCAUCCACGGUACGCUUCCUCGUUGGUGGAUUUCGAUAUAGCCAUCUUAGAAUUAGCAGAACCUGUUACAAUUCCCAAUGCCAAGCCCGUUGAUUUACCCAAAGAAGGAGGUCAAGUACCGUAUGGCGUGAUGGCUGCAGUAACAGGUUGGGGUGCUAUGGAUGAAGACGGUGACUACCUCCAAGUAGUCUAUCUUCCAACCAUGUCAAGAGAAUCAUGUAUGAGAGGCUACGGAAUUUUGACACAGAGAAUGUUUUGCGCCGGUUACUUUGGAUCGGAAAACAAAGAUUCCUGCCAAGGAGACUCGGGAGGACCCCUUGUUGUCAACGGUACCAUAUAUGGUAUAGUUUCGUGGGGAUAUGGAUGCACUAAAAAAGGAUUUCCCGGUGUCUAUGCCAACGUACCUGUUUUAAGUCGAUUCAUUAAGAAAGUGUCCAAUUUAAAAUAAAUUUCUUUUAGUAAAUACCUGGCAUUUGUUGGCUUAUAUUAAGCAUAUACUUAUACAGGGUGAGUAUCAAAUAAGUGCAAAUAUUUUAGGGGUAGUAUAUUUCGACCUCAGAGACACGUCUAAGUAUAAGAUUUUUUUCGCGGAAAAAAACAUUUUUGAAGAUUAGGAGUUUUUUGAUUUUUUUUUGGAAAU